AUGGCGAUACCUGAUAAUGAUCAAGCAAACGAUGAUAUAAUGCCUGAACAUUUGCCUGUGCAAAUGGCAUUGGCACCCGAACAAAGACCUUACGAUCACACGCACACCAUUCCUCGUGAAGACUUGAUGACUCAAGAAGAAAAGGAUCGAAGCAAAUUGGCAAGCCAUAGUCUAUCGCCUGAACAAUUAGGUGUGGUGGGCUAUGUAAAAGAUGUCGCAGGCUUCGUCAAGGAUGCUGUCAAAGAAGCACGCGAUAAAAGAGCCGUACAACGUCGUCGUAGCAGUGAACCAGCAGCAGCAGCAGCAACAGCAACAGCAACUUCACCCUCACAACGUUCUUCAACCGAAGCACCACCCUCACCAGCCGCUACUCCUUCUCAACAACAACAACGUACAUCUUCACCAUCGGCAUUUGCUGAAGCUGUCACUGGUUUAUUUCCUGGGUUGGAUCCUCACGCUCACGGUUGUUCACACGCCGAUGAGCUGAGACAUGAGCUGAUGCAGUCGAAUAGUCGAGAAUCGUCACAUGAUCCUUCCAACAGAUUUAUGCUAGGCGACCAAUAA